GAUAACAAUCGGGAUAUCAUCGAAUGGUCAAAUGGUAAGUGUACAUGGGCUUCAAGUUAUCCGAAAGGUACUACAUUUAAUUAGUCAACUACACUCUGGAUAUAGGUCUGACACACUUGUAACCGAUCGAUUAUCUUCCACGCUGUGAUUUCUUUGCAGGCAAGAUCGAAGUUCACAGUCCACACAAGCUAGAAACACAUGUUUUAAACCGAUAUUUUCGACAUUCCAAAUUCGCCUCAUUUCAGAGACAGCUCAACUACUUUGGCUUCCGGAAAUUGGCAGGGAAGGGGAAAAUGGCACCGUGCUCCUACGUAAACGAUGCGACAACUGAUGAACUUGGCAGUCUACUUCUAAUAAAGGUAUGUAACGUUAAAUAAUGAGAUGCUGUUUUGAGAUUUUGAAACUGAAUCAUGAAACGACAGCAUUAGACCAUGCUCACGUCGUUUUCUUCAACGCUCCCCUAUUGAUUUUCUAGAGGAAGCAAGGUAACGAAAUGAAAACAAAGGCCGGCGGAAAGAAGAGGGCGCGGGGUGGGAAAGAACAAAAAUCCGAUGGAUCAGCGAGUAACAAAACAAACGGUGACCCUGUAAACCCAGUGCUCGCGGGUAUUUUAUAUCGCUCUGCAAGCAGUGACAAUGCUUCUGCCACGACGACCAACACAAAUAAUGGCACAUUGCAACAGUCGCAAAAAGCUAUCGCCCGCGUAGCGGUGGGAAAAGGUGUCAGGCAUGGAUAUGUACCUCAGCAAUCGAAGGAUCGUGCGAAAAAUGGCGAUUCGUCUUCCAGUUCCCUCUACACCCAACAGGCAGCUGCACCAGGUACUUUUGCUUCCUCACCAGUGGAGGUCAGUCUCAACGCAUUAACACAAAACUUUAAUCAGUCAAUGCACCAAACAAUAGCAAGCAGCGAUGGAUCCCUAUUGAACUCUGCUGUUCAUCAAGGUCAUCAAGAUACGAAUCACUACACUCUUCCUACACCAGCUCCCGUCUCUGCUAACAAUACAGGACGUGUGCCAUAUGUACCUGGAUCUCUUCAUCGCGACGACUCCCUUGUAGACUUGGCAAUGAUUCCAAUUGUUGGUGACGGAAGUACAGGGGACAGCAACGUUGCCACUUCAUCAGGCUUUUCCUUUGUUGACUUCCCAUUCGACUCCAGCAUUUUCUCUAAUGAAGAUCCCCAAAUAUGACAGUCCUUGCUGUUGAUAGUUUAUCACGUCUUCGUAUACAGUAUAGGCAGCAUCAUGAGUUUCGUCUUUCGUCUCCACUACACAUGAUCAAGACAUCGCAUGGGAGUAUUCAGUUUAAAAAUUUCCAGAAAAUUGAUUGACUGAAGGUGCCAGAUCGACUCAGAAACUCUGUGCAAGUUGCGUUUCGUUGUCUUGAACAAUUUGGGAAGGCAAUCGAUCAUUGACAACUCCAACUUUGAACGAUCUAACUUCAGAAUACGUCUUUUGUUUGGUGGAGGACCGCUUCGGUAGAUGUGGCAAAACAAAUUUUGAAAAACAAGUUUUGUCGGAAUGGAAACUAUGGUUUUAUAACGCGGGGUGAUUUCUUUACGAUUAAAUUUAAAGCUCAAGG